CAGAUUAAGCAUAUGUACUUUUUUUCUUUUGAAAAAAAAAUGGAGGACCAAAAUUAUAAUUUACUAUUACAUGUUUGUGUGCAAAAAGAUACAGACAGAAAAGUGGAAGAUGGAGACACUGAUUUCAAACCAAAGAGAGAAACCGGCGGCAAUCGGCUUUGUAGUGUACUAUAUCCAGGCAAGAAAUUUCGGUCAUAAACCCUAAACCCUUUGCUGAUAUCCAAAUUUCGACACGCCAACUCGCACGAUUUGAAAAUUUCCUCAUCCAUUCUCUUCUCUUUCUCUGCAAAUAUGGAAAUUCCAAAGGAUCAAAUCACCACUCUCUUCGAUAAUGACCUCUACAGCUCUGCUCAAAUGCUAGGUUGCUUUCUUGUUUCAUCGUCUUCUAUUAAUCCUGAAACUAAUCCCCAACUUAAGGCCGAAAAUCUGAUUUUCCUUGCAGACGCAUUUUUUCGUGAGAGGGAGUUUCGUAGAGCAAUUCAUACAUACAAGCAGGCUUUACAGUAUUAUAAGAUAAUCCCCAAACAAAAUUCAACAACUUCUAGAAGUUCAUUGUCAAACAGGUCUUCUUCUCCGAAUUCUUUUAACAUUUCGGCAAUUAAUGAAAAUGAGGUGAAGUUCAAGGUUGCUUCUUGCCAUUCUGCCUUGAGUGAAACUAGAGCGGCACUUGUUGAGAUGGAGGGAAUUCCUAGUAAAGCAAGAACUUUACAGAUGAGUCUAUUAAUGGCCAAGCUUUAUCGAAACUCUAGACAUAACCGCUUUGCUAUUGCCUGUUACAAAGAGUGUUUAAGGCAUUGCCCUUAUGUAAUUGAGGCUAUAAUAGCAUUAGCUGAACUAGGAGUGUCUGCCAAAGACAUCAUUUCAAUUUUUUCACAGGCUUCAAAUAGAAGUGGAAGGGCAUCAAUUGAUCAUGUUGACUCAAAUCGUUGGCUUCAACGCUAUGUGGAGGCACAAUGUUGCAUUGCUUCAAAUGAUUACAAAGGUGGUUUGGAACUCUUUGGAGAACUCCUACAACGUUUUCCAAAUAAUAUACAUAUGUUACUUGAAAUCGCAAAGGUUGAAGCCAUUAUUGGAAAGAACGAUGAAGCCAUAAUGAAUUUUCAGAAGGUUCGAUCACUUGAUCCAUACGUCAUGACCUAUAUGGAUGAGUAUGCAAUGCUUCUAAAGAUAAAGUCUGAUUACUCAAAGUUAAAUAAGUUAGUGCAUGAUUUGCUGAGUAUUGACCCUACAAGGCCAGAAGUUUUUGUGGCUUUGUCUGUCCUGUGGGAAAGGAAAGAUGAAAGAGGAGCAUUGUCUUUUGCUGAGAAGAGUAUCCGAAUUGAUGAGAGGCACAUUCCUGCUUACAUAAUGAAGGGCAAUUUGCUCUUAUCACUGAAGCGGCCAGAAGCAGCUGUAAUUGCUUUCAGGGGAGCUCAAGAAUUAAGACCAGACCUUCGUUCAUAUCAAGGUCUGGUUCAUUCUUAUCUGGCUUUCUCCAAAAUCAAAGAGGCUUUGCAUGCUGCCAGGGAGGCAAUGAAGGCCAUGCCUCAAUCUGCUAAGGCUCUAAAAUUAGUUGGGGAUGUACAUGCUAGUAACUCUGGGGGCAGAGAGAAGGCAAAAAAGUUCUAUGAGUCGGCACUGCGGCUGGAACCUGGUUAUCUUGGUGCUGCAUUAGCUUUGGCCGAGCUCCAUGUAAUCGAGGGUCGAAAUGGAGAUGCAGUAUCUCUGCUCGAGCGAUAUCUAAAGGACUGGGCUGAUGACUCUCUUCAUGUCAAACUGGCUCAAGUAUUUGCUGCCACAAAUAUGCUGCAAGAGGCUUUGUCACAUUACCAGGCUGCAUUAAGAAUAAACCCGCAGAAUGAGGCUGCAAAGAAAGGGCUAGAGCGUUUGGAAAAACAGAUGAAGGGAGUGGAUCCAGAUGCACCCGAGGAAGAUGAAGAAAAUGAGGUGGAGGAUGCUGAUGCAGACCAAGAAGAGCCUGAGCUUUUGUGAGAGCAUACCCAAACAAGGUCUUGGAAUUUUAGUAGUGAUGGAGAAAUGACAUCAUGAAGAUUAUGAAUUUGGAGAAAAAAAAAUGCUACACAAACUCUGCCGCCACAGACCGUGCCUCUAAGCACUUGGAUAAAUCAAUUGAGAGACAAUCAGAAAUUGCAACGUUACCGCAGCACUUUACAGUCUCAAUCGAUUACUAUUGGCGAAAGUGACAUGAGGUGAAUGAAUGUUUUUUUUUUUUUUUUUUUUUUUUUUUUCAAACUGUUGCCGUAA